AUGGAUGAGCAUACGUCCAGCGGUAUCCAAGCGCCCUCGCCAGCCAAGCACGGGCGCAAAAACGGGACAGACAGCCGGGGUUAUGGAGAGGCGGGCAGGAACAUCACGAUGACGGUGGAAAACACGCUGGAGGAGAGCGCCGCGCUCUCCGCGCCUCACCUGUCCGCGGAUCGAUACGAGCGCAGCCGCCGCGGGUGCUGCGAGAGGGUGGUCAUCAACAUCUCCGGCUUGCGCUUCGAGACGCAGCUGAAAACUUUCAACCAGUUCCCAGACACGCUGCUGGGGGACCCCAGGAAGAGGAUGCGCUACUUUGACCCACUCAGGAACGAGUAUUUCUUCGACAGGAACAGACCCAGCUUUGAUGCCAUCCUUUACUACUACCAGUCCGGGGGGCGCAUCCGGAGACCCGUUAAUGUCCCCAUUGAUAUCUUCUCAGAGGAAAUCAAGUUUUACCAACUCGGCGAGGAGGCCAUGGAGAAAUUCCGCGACGAUGAGGGCUUUAUAAAAGAGGAGGAGCGCGUGCUGCCUAAAAACGACUUCCAAAAGCAGGUUUGGCUUUUGUUUGAGUAUCCGGAGAGCUCCGGACCGGCGAGAGGAAUAGCCAUCGUUUCUGUGCUCGUUAUUCUGAUUUCGAUUGUUAUUUUCUGCAUGGAGACUCUUCCUGAAUUCCGGGAUGAGAAAGACAUGGCGACAGUGGCACCAACUGUUAAUGGCACUGCGCCCUACGUGCCAAGCCCCUUCACAGACCCCUUCUUUGUGAUAGAAACCUUGUGUAUUAUAUGGUUUUCCUUUGAGUUGCUGGUCAGGUUCUUUACUUGCCCCAGCAAAACCACUUUCUCCAAAAACAUCAUGAACAUCAUUGACAUUGUAGCCAUCAUCCCAUACUUCAUCACCCUGGGGACCGAGCUGGCGGAGAGACAAACCAACGGCGGUCAACAGGCGAUGUCUCUCGCCAUCCUGCGCGUGAUCAGGCUGGUGAGGGUGUUUCGCAUUUUUAAGCUCUCGCGACACUCGAAAGGACUCCAGAUUUUGGGGCAGACGCUCAAGGCGAGCAUGAGGGAGCUGGGCUUGCUCAUAUUCUUUCUGUUCAUUGGAGUCAUCCUCUUCUCCAGCGCGGUGUACUUCGCAGAGGCGGACGACCCGUCGUCCAGUUUCACCAGCAUCCCCGACGCGUUUUGGUGGGCGGUCGUCACCAUGACCACAGUUGGGUACGGGGACAUGCACCCGGUCACCAUCGGAGGCAAAAUAGUGGGGUCGCUGUGUGCAAUAGCAGGCGUGUUAACCAUUGCCUUACCCGUGCCCGUGAUCGUGUCCAACUUCAACUACUUUUACCACCGGGAGACCGACGGAGAGGAGCACCAGCAGUACCUGAACGCGGCGAGCUGCGAGCACCUCCCGUCUGAGGAGCUCAGGAAGUCCUGCAGCUCCUCAUCCCUCAGCAAGUCGGAGUACAUGGUGAUAGUGGAGGGCAUCAACAGCGUGUUCAAACAGCCCAACUUCACCACGGAGAGCAAGCAGAACUGUGCGAACAUCAAGAAGAUCUUCACAGAUGUGUAA